GGGGGCUUGGUGGGAUUUGUGAGGUUGGCGCCGCGGUACGACACUUCCUACCACAACAUGAUGACGCACCUGGAGUUUUCCCGCGUUUUCCCCGCAUGGACGCCGCUUCUCUAGCCUGGCCUGUGCAGAGGGACAUACUGGCUGCAUGAAACGCCUUAAGCAUCUUGAAAGAAGACUUCUCUUGGAUGAAAUGGAAUUCACUCCCAAGAAACAGAGUAUUCCCAGUUUCAAUAAUGGUCGCCACACUCCAUACUCUAGUGGUGGCCAGGCCCAUUAUAAAAGGCUGAAGAGGAUUAACCAGUCUGGCUCCCCUCGGGGCCCAUAUCUCGUAAGCUCACCUCAGACAUAUUCACAGAAACGCUUUAUGACUCGUACAGAAAGGAUUGUCAACCUCUCUACAAAGACUGCUCAUGCUAGUGAAUGUGUAGUGACACCAGAAAAGAGAAUAAUUAAGAGUAGUCCAUCACCUCAGAGCACCAAGAGACCAUUUAUUGCCGUGAACAGUGUUGAGCGUGUCAAAGUGUCAUUUUCAUCUCGCCCCAGUGAUCAAGAUGCAGACACACCCCAGAACACCAAGAGGCCAUAUAUUGCAGUCAAGACUGAUGAGUGUCCGUCACACCUCAGUGAUAGAGAUGUGGAUGUUUUUGAUGGCAAAAGUAAACACAAUGAUGAGAAUGAUCCAUAUAAUUUUAGCUCCAGUCUUGAUUAUGAUACCUGUGACAAAAGAGCCAAGCGAGAUGAUAAGAAUUCCAUCUUUUCAAGGACAAGUGCCGUGAAGUCAUAUCCCAGCAAAAAGAAGCAGGUUGAUGUCUCUCGAUCAAGACUCCUGGCAGAUGUUUCUCCAGACAAGGUGGAGAAGGGUUAUGGGCCCAACUAUAAAUCUGGGGCAGAAAAGGAAAAUGUGCCUGCAGAGACAACAAGAGAGUUAGUGUCCUCACCUGAAUCUGCCACCAAGAGGCCACUUGUUGCAGCCAAGACUGAUGAGUGCACCAAAGUGUCAUUUCCAUCACACCCCAGUGAUCGAGAUGCAGUUACUUUUGAUGGCAAGAAGAAAGUUAGCGACGAGAAUGACCCAUAUAAUUUUUGCUCUAGUCUUGAUUCUGAUACUUCUGACAAAAGAGCCAAGCCAGAUAUUGACAAGGAGAACAGCAUCUUUUCAAGGACAAGUGCCGUGAAGUCGUAUCCCAGCAAGAAGAAGCAGGUUGAUGUUUCCCGAUCAAGACUCCUGGCAGAUAUUUCUCCAGAGAAGGUGGAGAAGGCUUACGGGCCCAACUACAAGUCUGAGGCAGAAAAGGAGAAUGUGCCAGCAGAGACAACAACAACAACAACAGGGGACUUAUUGGCUGCACCUGAACCUACCACCACCCUACCACAUCUCAUUGGAUUUCCUAACUAUGGCAAUACCUGUUACCUGAAUUCAGUGGUUCAAGCACUGUUUGGAUUGUCGCCCUUUGUUGGGGACUUGCAGAUGGUGUCUUCCCAGCUCAACUUGCCCACCACCUCCCUCUCCUCAGGUCUCAAUCAAGUUCUAGCUACUCGCAAAAAGGGUCAAGUAGCAUUGGUGAAGCAAUCAUUGAAGACAGUAAAGGAGAAUCUUGUGCGUGUUGAUGGAUCCUUCUCUGGGUUUAAAAUGCAGGAUGCUAAUGAGUUUUUGACUCGUAUCCUGGAUACAAUAAAGGACGAAAUUGACCGCAGCCACAUGACAACUCCAAGUCCUGAUCGCUCCCUUACCUCUAAAGAUGAAGAUUUUGAUGAAGCAUUGUUCCCUGCUAUCCCAAGGUGCCAAAAACUCUUGAAUACAGUUGAAAAUAAUUUUGAAAGUGAAGUGAACAUCCACUCCAAAGACAAGAGUCCAGCAGUCAACAGGAAAGAUGUCGACCAGGUGCAAGUGGCACAGAAGGCGUCUUUAGGGCAGGAGACUUCUCUUGCUGAAUUGGUGUCAACAGAGCCCGAAGCUGAGAGUGAACAUAUGCCCCUGAGUCUUGCACAGUCCAUUACCCCAAGUAAACAGUGUGGUGAAGAUAGCUUGCCCAGAAAUCCAAUUAAGGAUAAUUUUGAGUUCCAACUCUUUGAGUCCUACAGGUGCCUUGGGUGCAAUGAAGUGGAGGGGAAGAAACAAGAAUAUUUUGGGCUCUAUGUAAACUUACCAGAGGAAAAUAAUGAAAGCAUUCAAGAUGCCUUAUCAACCUGCAUGGGUGAAGAUGAAAGAGAGCUCAAAUGUGAGAAGUGUGGCCACAAUCGCUCCUCUGUAGUGACUUCAGUUACCAGACUACCAAGAAUACUCAUUGUGCAGCUAAAAAGAUACGAGUACAAAGCAGACCAGGGAGAAAGCAUCAAGAGGUCAUGGAGGGUUCCCAUCACACGCUGGCUCAAUUUAGAUGAUUAUGUUUGUGAUGUCACACCACCAUCAUUGUGGAGUCCACAGUCUGGAAGCAUUACUCCUCGAGCCAGCAAGCAGACCACCCUCACUGUGCGCAACCUGUCUUCUGAGCUGAAUGUGUGUGAGGGACGUAAGGAGCAAGAAGAACCUCCUGCAUGUUCCCCAAGUAUUACCAGACCUGCCGAAAAUCCUAUUCCUGUCCCUUCAUCUGAUAAAGAAGAUGAGGAACUUCAGGAAGUGAUGCGGCGAAGUAUGGACGACUUUGGAGGCAGUAGGGAAGAGGAUGAAAUCCAACAAGCUAUUAGACUUUCCUUACAAGAUCUUGGUAUGAGCUACACUCAUGAGAACCAGAACCAGACUAGUGAGGAUCAGGUUGAGGAAGAUGAAGCUCAUACGGUGCAUUCAGAAGAGGAAGUCAGCAGUCACCAUCAUGCAUUCCGUCUCAUGAGUGUUAUCAGUCACUUUGGAUGUACCACAAAUACUGGCCAUUAUGUAGCAGAUGUCUACAACUGUGAGGAGAAGAGCUGGUUCCAUUAUGAUGACGAAGCUGUCUCCAAAAUACCUGAGAGUGUGGUAUUAGCAGAAGGGAGACAAAAGAAUGGAUACAUUUUUUUCUACGUCCACAAGGACAUCUUCCAAGAGAUAGAGAAGAAAGCUGGCCUUCACAGAUAAUGAAGAGUACUACAGGUGCAUUUGUACUAAUACUUGUGUGUACACUAAGAGACUCAUGUAUAUAAUGUGGCUAUGUAAAUAAUGAAAAACUAUUUUUUUGUUUAGAGUUAAUGUUGAAGAUAUUUUUAUUGAUAAUUGAUGAUACAUGUAUCAUUGUGAAAUAAUUUUCUCCAUAUUAUUUAGCAUUAAGAUAGUUUUACUAUAUGCAUUCUCUCUCUCUCUCUCUCUCUCUCUCUCUCUCUCUCUCUCUCUCUCUCUCUCUCUCUCUCUCUCUCUCUCUCUCUCUCUCUCUCUCUCUCUCUCUCUCUCUCUCUCUCUCUCUCUCUCUCUCUCUCUCUCUCUCUCUCUCUCUCUCUCUCUCUCUCUCUCAUUAUGUGGUCUAUUUACCUCUGACACUGUUCUUCCUGGGAACAUCCUCCAAGGUCUGGCUGCAGUGGAAAACCCUCUACACUUUUUUAUCCAAACACUCCUUUUGUGCUUGUUCAAGCAUGCCACCUUUAUUAGCAUCUUUUUCAUUUGUAUUCCUCUAACCUUCAUGAUCACAUAAUUUUCAUACAGUGUAUGGCCAAAACAUCUCAUUGUACAUAUAUUUCUUUUCACCCAUUCCAUGACUGCACUUCAUUCCAUUGGCACAGGUGUUCAUGCUGCAUAUUUCAUACACUUUUUCUUAUCCUCUCAUCUUAUUAUUCCAUGAUUGAAUUUCCUCUUUUGCAACAUUUUUUUUAUAUGGUCUCCUUUUCUCUUUUAUGGUCUCUUUUAUCAUAUGCAUUUUCUCUCUGCUACCUCAGCCUUAUGUACUUCACAGCUACUGCUGCUACUGUAACCUCUAUUUUCAAACAUAUAACACCUUAUUUACACUUAAACCCUUUAAAACAUUUGUCCUGGCUUCUCUGCUUCUCACACAUCUUUCUCUCAUAUUCCUUUCUUGAUUCUUGUCAAUCUAUCCUUUCAGUACCCAACACUGUAUUUUACUUCCCUUCACCACCAUUCCUACUAUGUUCCUAUACAUCAAUGUCUUCCUUAAAUGUUAACUACAAUAGUAUACCAAUCCAACUCUUCAGACUUCCUUAUCUUUACUUUGGCAUUUAGAACAUCUUUGCUCAGUCAUCCACUGCUGUAUAAUGAAUCAAACUUUCUUGGUCAUGACUCAUCUCUCAUUUUCAGUGUGCAUUUAUGGCUAAUUUUAUGUUGGAAGAUGAUAUUCAUAAGGAACAACCCCUUCUGCAUUUGUUCCCCAGGUGCUCCCCAUUCUCAUUUGAUCCACCUGCUUCUCAUUGUUUCACUACACCUGCCACCCCACCACCUGCAUUUACAGAUUUAUACACAUCCAUCCAUACUUCAGCCUCACUCACCAUCUGUGGCUCCUCCCUUGGAAGACACUUGGAAAAAAUGAGUUAUCAGAGAUAGAUAGAUAGAAUUGAUAGAAAGAUAUAAAUACACACAAAGGUAGCAUGAAUUUAGUUUAUGAUGAAUUCAUGAAAGGAAAUAGCUUUAUUUAUUUGUUUGUUUAUCUAUUUAUAUUUCCAUUAUUUUCCACCAAUAAAUAACAUAAGUACUUCCACAACAGACUGGAAGUUGUGCAAUAAAGAUUGAGAAUCAUGCUUUGCUGUCUGGAAGGUGUAUUUUACUCUGCAAUAGUGUUUUGUUAAUUCAUAGUGAACUAGUCACUAUUGGCACCUGUAGAACAGUGAGCAUUUUUACUUAUGAGAUCCAAGAUGGCUAAUUACAAACUGUGAUUACAUCAAAUUAAAAAGAUUAUUGUAAAAUCAAAAUAAAUUGUACUUUCCAUGAUAUUUUCUAUCAAACUAUAUAGUACAUGCAUCCAAUUUUACAGUCAUGUUAAAUGUAACAUGCUCCAAAAAUUUCAUAGAAACAUCAUGGUAUCCAUAGGGUGGUGCUCCACUAUUUGUUGUGUGCUGGGAAUAGUUCUGGUAACUGGAGGUGGCCUCAAUAGAUAUGCUGUCUCAUGAAAUUAUAGAGGGAUUGUGCUUGCUAGAGAAGAUAUUUGCUUACCACAUCAGUGAAGACAACAGGAUUCCUCUUUAGUUCUUGAGUUCUUCCUUUUGCAUACAAGAAAAGCUAUGGACAUACUCAUCUGUACCCAUAUCUACUAUUAUCCAAUUUAACUUUAAUUUUUCCAGUGCUACUCUUUGUAUGGAUCACUUCUAAAAGUGUUGUCAGAUCAUUAUCCUUCUCUACAUAUGCACCUCUGUGGUGUACUGGGUAGCACGCGUGGGAAAUCCACAAGCCCUGGUUCGAAUCAUGUUGAGGCAGUCAGUGUACAACUCUCAGGUUUUCAUCGUUAAGGAAACCUGGAGGUGCUGAACUUUGAAAAUCCAGGUGUCACAGUAACCCUUGGGUAAGGGAUAUCUACCACAGACUCAAAGGCCAUUGAGAUGCAUGAGCCUCAAGGUCACACACAGUAUAUGCCUCCAUCUUUAUUAAGGAAAAGCCUGUUAGCUCCAUGGUACAGCGGCUGGCUCACUUCCAAAAGAUUCAUGGCAGUUUCUUGGUGAGAAGGGUAAUGUUCUCGCAACCGUAGCAAAACUAGUCAUGGUUACCUAGCUAAGACUUGCUGAUGAGAUGCAGAUUUGGCCAAACAAGUAAGAUGAUAAUUAUUGUCUGACAUCCGGCCACUUGUAGGAGUGCGUUCUACGGGCUGACUAUGCUAAAAAGCGCCUCAACAUACAUAUACCUCGUACAUAUUUCAUAUCCAAACAUUCCUACUCUCUCUCUCUCUCUCUCUCUCUCUCUCUCUCUCUCUCUCUCUCUCUCUCUCUCUCUCUCUCUCUCUCUCUCUCCAAUCAUUCGGUGUGGCCAAAUCACCUCAGAUAAUUCUUAUCUUUCCAUCACUCCAAGCUUUCCUUCGUUUGCAUUGGAUGCCAUGACGCAGCUCUGAUGCAUCUUACACACACACACACACACACAUAUAGUGCGUGGAUAUAGUAAGAAAUAAGGAACUGAUAAGCAGAGUGGGGAGUGUUAUGUUGAUUUGGGCAUAUUCAGGUGGACGAAAAGCGUUUGGUGGAAAAGAAUAUGAAAGAUGGGUGAAAGGAGAGACCACGAAAGAAAUGGCGUGAACCGAGCGUUAGAUGCAGAACUUGUAGGGAGCACGGAGAAGUGGUUGCAAUAUAUGUGGCAAGUACAGUAAAGUGAAUGAGAAGCAUAUCAAUAUGUACUUUGGGGGAAGAUCUAAUGCUGCGAGGGCGCGGGAAUGGGGAAUUCUCUCAAUAAAAGUGGGGAUGAAUGGGAAGUCCUUUGCAACGAGGCCGCGGGAGGGGGUAGGCACGCAAUUAACAAGUUCAGAAGAGCAGCAUCCAUGAAAAUAACAAAAUAAAUAAAUUAAUUGAAUAAUAGCGGGAGAUGUAACAUAGCUGCAAAGAAUGAAAGAUUGACGACUGUAAAGGAGAGUUGUAGAGACAAAAAGUUUACAGAUAAGUCAGCAAACAAACUAACGCAAUAAUAAGAAACCAAGAAGACUAUGAAUAAAUAAAUAAAUCACCGGAACAGAGAGUGAGUGGUAUCGUCUCAGCGUAUUCCAUAAAAGGGCUGAGAAACCUUGACCAUUUGCAUAGUUGGCAGAUAGGGAGAGGAAAUAUAAGUGAUGGUUGUUUAAUCAAAAGAUGACGUACUUAGAUAAAAAAAAAAAAAAAUCUUAAAGCAUCCUACAACAUAAAGUUUGUCUCGCUGCCUCAUUGAAAACUGUAGUAUAAUAAUUAGAAAUCAGGCAUGGUGGCUUCCCUGUGUGGAUGUUCAGGUUCUCCUGUGUUGCUCGCUUUACAUGACGAAAAUGCGGCGCAACAGUGGAUAAUGCAAGAGGUCUCUUGAGUAAGAUACCUUAAUGCAUAUCAGAAAAAGAAGUAGAUGAUAAGGCAGAGUUCCGUGGAACACAACCGUUUAUCUUUAGGAGCAGUGACCAUCUUUCACUGCAAUAAGAGGAUGGCCAGAAAAAGAAAGAAAAAAAAAAAAACUAAAGAUAUCGGUGCAUGAAAUGGAUAAAAACCAUGAUCACGACGUAUGAACGAAGUUUUGAAAUAACGAUUUUUUUUCUUUCUCUCUCUUCUUUUGAAGACCAGAGAUGAAAGAUUUUCUGUUCCCUCCUCUCAACCCUCCAACUAUUCGUUUUGGUAUAACUUUUUUUUUUUUUUUUUUUAUCAGUUAUGUUCACCUGGCAGAAUGCAUACAUACAUUGUUUUCUGUAUAGGUAUGAUAAGUACGCUGGACUUCCCUAUUCAUCCCUUUCUGUAAAUGGAAGUAUCCGGCAGUAUGCUCAUUUCUCAAGAAGGAUUCCCCAAGGUAGCUUGACCGGUAGUCCGUGGCUGCUACCCUCCCUGCCUUCAGUUGUAAGCACCUUGCAGUGUCAGACAGGUGUGGUACGUUGGGGCAACAGUUUGCACACCGCCCUAGUCUCUCUAGCAGCACCGACGCCUUCACUUCGGAAGUAUGCAUUGGGGCGGGCCACAAAUGGGUGAUGCUACGUACGUCUGGCAGCGAACAGGGCACCUGGAGUCCUGGACACGGACAUUUCAUUCUACCACAGUGGCAUAUAAAAAGUCGCCCUCCUACUCCACGGACGGCAAGACGUACGCCACCACCUCCCACACCACCACCCCCACCAACACAGCCAGCGCGGCACUCAGUGAGCACCUGGCCGUGGCCUUCCGUGCACCACCUACAGCUGGUUGUUGGCCGCCUUCCUGUACUGUAGCGUUGCUCUUCCCCUCUUCCUUUUGUUCAGACUUCCCUUUUUUUUCGAUAUCUUUUGCUACAUCAAACACUUCUCCCUCGCUGCUUUCCUCUGCUUGUAUUUCCUCCGCGCAGCAAACCUCGUGCACGGUUCCCUCCGCGUCCUCCUGUUCCAUGGCUGAAGGCAGCGGCACCUUGUGUUGGUGUAACUGCUCACACUCUUCGUCACUAAUGUCCUGCCACCGAGUCCUUUCCUCCAUCCUGCCGUUGCCAAAAUGCACGCGGACCACGAAGGUUUCCUUGAGUAAUUCUUUAGUCACCAGCUGGUCGCAGAGGGUGUGCAUGGGCACGAAUUUAGGUCCACUAAUACUGCUGCACCACCCAUGGCGCCACUUGAUCCUCACUUGAACCGAAUCAUUGUUGUGGUACUUCAGCAAGCGCAUCAUCCUGAAGCGGGCAGGGCGGGACGUCCAGCAGAACGCCCCGUCAUCAGUAGUACCACCUUCCCUGCUGAAAUGGAAGGUCACGAGGUGGUUGACGUGGCACAGGCCAAAUCUACAUUUGAACUUCCGCCGCACAACCGCCAGCGUCAAUGUCUUGGGCUGGUUCCUCUCCUCCCAGGACGUAGCGACGCACACACCCUUCGCGGUCUCGCCAUAGUCGUGCUGAUGCCACAUGGUGAGGGAGUUGGUGGUGUAAUACCUGUGCAGACUGCCACACCUACAGUAUUUGAUAUGAAAAGUUCCGCCCUCAUUUUUCAGCCACUCUUGUGAACCAACGUCUGACCGCAGUCUUUUUCACUAACACUUGCAUCUGAGGCAUCGUUAAGAUUUAUGAUGGUAAAGCUGAAUACCUCCUGACUUCUUUGCAAGGAAGAGUUAUCAACUAAUGACAAACACAUAGGCUCGCUUCAUCCCUCUCCUUUUGUUGUUUCUCUUCUUCCUCCUUGUUUCUCCC